UUAUCACGCGGUCGCUCGACGUCCACUUUUAACAAAGGAGGCGGGAACAUAACGGCCGUACGCGGGGUGGCGUGCGGUCGCUCAUCUCGCUCUCUUCCAAGCAAUCACUGUUGCUCUAGGUUAGCUUCAUCCAGAAACGAAACCAGUGCCCUAACCCUAGGAAAUAGGAAUUCAUGGGGCAAACGAAGAAGCUCGUUUUGGAGAAGAGGGAGCUCGGCAAUACAGGUCUCAAGCUGAGCUGCGUCGGCUUCGGAGCUUCCCCACUAGGCAAUGUCUUCGGCCGCGUCUCCACAGAAGAAGCCCUCGCCUCCGUCCGUCGUGCUCUCGACCUCGGCAUCAACUUCUUCGACACUUCCCCAUACUACGGCGCGACGCUCUCAGAGACGGUGCUUGGUGACUGCCUUCAUGAGCUCGGCGUUCCGCGCGACGAGAUCGUCAUCUCCACUAAAUGCGGCCGCUACGCCGAGGGCUUCGACUUCAGCGCAGAUCGCGUCACCCGUAGCAUUGAUGAAAGUCUCAGCAGGCUCCGGCUCGAUUACGUCGACAUCCUCCAAUGUCACGACAUCGAGUUUGGAUCGCUCGAGCAGAUCGUCAAUGAGACUAUCCCGGCACUUCAGAAGCUCAAGGCCGCAGGGAAGACUCGCUUCAUUGGGAUCGCGGGAUUACCUCUGGAGAUCUUUACUUAUGUUCUGGAUCGAGUGCCGCCGGGCUCGGUGGAUGUGAUUCUUUCCUAUUGCCAUUAUGGAAUAAAUGAUUCUACUCUUCUGGAUCUGCUCCCUUAUCUGAGGAGCCGAGGGGUUGGGGCGAUUACCGCAUCCCCUCUUGCAAUGGGGCUUCUGACUGAGAAUGGAUCGCCAGAUUGGCACCCUGCUUCACAAGAACUGAAGUCUGCAUGCAGGGCCGCUGCACUUCAUUGUAAAGAAAAGGGGAAAAGCAUUUCAAAGUUAGCUCUUCAGUACAGCCUGAUGAAUAAAGAUAUAUCGACUGUGCUUGUUGGCAUGAUGUCUGCUGAACAGGUUGAGGAAAAUGUUAGUGCUGCUCUUGAGCUCUCACUGGAAGGUAUAGACAAUGAACUUCUGUCGGAGGUGGAGACCAUUUUAAAACCUGUGAAGAAUCAGACGUGGCCCAGCGGAAUUCAGCAAAGUUAGCUGUUGAGAUUAUUGCUGAAUAAAAGCUGUGAGUCAAUCUACUUCUGUUCCAUUAGAUGGUAGCGAUUAAUAAUCAUCAACCAUCAGCACAUCCUUUUAGUUUCCUAUUUAAUAUUGCAAUAAAACAACUCAUGAAAUAUAAAAUUUUAUGAUAAAAUUUGUCAUUUGCUUAAUGUAUGAUAUGAUAUGAUACAUUUCUUUGGAUUUGUAAUAGGUCAUUGCAAACAUUUGUAUACUUCUUUUUUGAAUGCAAUUUACUUUUUACUAUUA